CGAUAUUAUCCCCGAUUGACAGAGUAUGUCUCCCCGCGCCAAUUUUGCACUUGCGAAAACACCUUGCCCCUCCUCAAGCAAGCAAGGACUUGUGUGUGCCCUAGGCUGACUGAUCGAUCCAAGCUCGAGCUUCACCGAGUCGCCCCGGCCCAUUCACACCAACCCCACCAUCCUCCCGAAUCCAACACAUCCAACAUGGCGGACGUUCAGGAACGGCUCAAGAAGCUAGGCGCUUCGGCUCGUAUCGGUGGCAAGGGCACUCCGCGGAGAAAGGUGAAGCGCGCCCCCGCGCGGUCGGCCGGCGACGACAAGAAGCUGCAGCAAACGCUCAAGAAGCUCAACGUCCAGCCGAUCCAGGCAAUUGAGGAGGUCAACAUGUUCAAGAGCGACGGCAACGUCAUCCACUUUGCCGCGCCCAAGGUCCAUGCUGCGGUCCCGGCCAACACCUUCGCCAUUUACGGCAACGGCGAGGACAAGGAGCUCACAGAGCUCGUCCCCGGCAUCCUCAACCAGCUGGGCCCCGACUCCCUUGCUUCGCUCCGCAAGCUGGCCGAGAGCUAUCAGAACAUGCAGAAGGGUGAGGGUGAGAAGGAGGCGGAUGAUGACGAAAUCCCCGACCUCGUGGCCGGCGAGAACUUCGAGAACAAGGUCGAGUAAGCGACUUGAACUCAGAGAAAUAAAUUCCUGCGUUCAACUUGGCCCACCUCGCCCUUCGGUCGGAUUGAUUUGGAGCAUUUGGAAGGGACAUCACCAAGUUUGUGUUUCCCGUUACCGGAAGGCGGCGCCAUUGAUGUUUGCACCAGCACAGCCCCCGAGAGUCAUGACCAGGACGGGUAAGAGGGAACAGAUGGUGUUCCGGGGUAUUUUAUGGCUCGGAGACAUAACAUGACCAUGCAAUGGAGCCAACACGCGUCAUGACCAUGCAUUUGUGAUUAUAGUUGCCAGGAUGUCGGUACAUGCAAUGCAGGAUCUGGGCAUAAUCACAGGCGGAACUUGUCGUCACCGGU